AUGAGCGAACAGAGCAAGCCCAGCUAUACUCCAACAAUUCACGAUAUGCCCUCUGAAGAGAAGCCGCGCGAACGGCUCCGGGACAGUGGGCCUGGAAGUCUAUCGAAUGGCGAACUUAUCGCGAUCCUGCUUCGCGAUGGCACCAGAGGCGAGAACGUCCUUGCGCUGUCGAGCAGGAUACUGGCAGAACUGCAUGGGCUAGAGGGGCUAUCAAAGACGAAUCUGGAGGAGAUAUGCCAAUUUCACGGCAUCGGUCCAGCCAAGGCCAGCCAGGUAUUGGCGGCAAUUGAGCUUGGCCGACGCACCGCAAGCAUGGUUCCCGACGCUCGUUCGAUAAUCACCUGCGCCGAGGACGUGAGGAAUCUGGUUGGAGCAGAGAUGGCGGCCUUGAUCAGGAGCAACUGA